GUUAUGACUGACAGUUGAAUUAGCAGAAGAUACGUGGAAUCGAGCAUAUCGUUCGAAUCCGAGUGUUGUUAAUGUUCUCUCAAUUAAUAGUCGAUCUGAAAGUUGUGGUUUCGCUUUAGUUUGUCGAUCGAUUGGUGUGUCCAUUUAGCAACGAUCCCAAUUGACCGUAUCGUACUCCCGGGAUGGCACCGACGAGGAAGCCCAACGAUGGCUUGCUGGCGAGAGUGAAUUUUCCACUGUAUGCAAUAGAAAUGCUAACCAGUCGACACGUCCUUGUUGCUGGUGGUGGCGGAGCCUCUAAGACGGGAGUCGCUAAUGGAUUCGAAAUUUAUGAGAUAUACCAUAAUGGUGAGAAAUAUGUGGCCGAUGAGGUGAUUCGCCACGAAACUGGUCCUACAGUGGUCAUGAAUUGCGCUAUAAAAAACGACGAGAAACGCACGCUGUUAGUUGCGGGCCAGGAAAGUCACUGUCAAAUGUACUUUGUGAAUCCGAUAAUCAGCUCAACCGAUGGAGAGGUAUGCGGGGGGAGAACCGAAACCAUUGAUGGGGUACGGAAGCGGAAGAACAUAUCGUAUCAGCCACAAGCCAACGGUCAGAUUAAUCAACAAGCGACAGAGAAGAAAAACAACGUUGAGCAAAAAGAGCACAUAAGGCAGCAGAUACAUUUCGAAAUCAAAACAGGUGACUCUGUGCAAACCGAUUUCACGGAAUCAGAACCACUGCAGCGGGUAGUGCGAAUCAGUCCAAAUGGGCGAAUUAUGGCCACCGGAGGAAUGGAUGGUCACAUAAGGUUAUGGAACUUUCCUAAGAUGACAAUGAUCACGGAUAUUCCCGCUCAUACUAAGGAAAUUGAUGAUUUGGACUUUAGUCCGGAUAGCAAGAAUGUUGUUUCGAUCGCUAAGGAUGGAUUAGGCGUCAUAUGGUCUAUCAAUCCGGAGAAAGAAUCUCGUAAAUUGUCCUGGAAUCCUCCGGAAGGUACUCGUUAUCUCUUGAAGCGUUGCCGGUACGGGAUAAUCGAGGGUCAGAAAGAUAAACAUCGACUUUUCAGCUUGGCGAACCCAUUUGCCAAAUCUGGCAAAGCGAAAGGCCUACUCCAGCAGUGGGAUCCUGAGCAAGGGCGGCUGACACGAGUAGUUGAAAUAGAUGAAUCGCUUGCGGCACUGGCCGUACGGGAUGAUGGUCGCUUUGUGGCGGUCGGAACGAUGUUCAGUGGUUCGGUAUCGAUUUACAUUGCAUUUAGUCUUCAGCGAGUGCUGCACAUUCCAAACGCACAUGCGAUGUUCGUGACGGGUUUGGAAUUUCUACCGGUCACCAACUUUGAUGGACCUUCGGUGACGGGAGACACGGAGGCCGCCGUGCUGUCCAUCUCGGUCGACAACCGCGUUUGUGUACACAGUUUGCAGUAUCGACAUUCACUGCCGGCUUGGGUGGCUAUUUUCGCGAUCGUAGCGAUACUAUUCAUCACGUUUUGUUUCUGUUCGUACAUCGGGCUUUAAGGAAAGGGGAAGUAUACUGUCAUUAAUGUGAAAUUUUUGUGUUAUUUAUGUUAAUUUUGUACAGUUUUAAAAUCUGCAACGUAUCGUAGAAAUUAUCUAGAAAACAAAUAAAUAUCUAUUGUAAGUCUAACUUAUGUGACUAGGAAACUUCAAAAUAUAGCUCUUUUAAUAGUGCACGCGACGCGUGCGAAGUUUGUUCUAUCGAUCUAGAUCUAUUAUACGAAAAUAAAAUCAACAAACAUAUAAUUCAGAAAUAGUUGUUGAACUUCGAGUAAUUAUUUGUCUUGUAAUUAAGUGAAAUAAAUUCAAUGCUAUGAAACAAUUAGGGAUUAUGGUUAUAAAAGAAACGAGUACUGCACAAUAACUUGCCCAAAUCAGCAUACCGCGUAACUUUAACUAAGUUGUAUCUUAGUCUUCGGAUGUUUUAGAUUUCAUUCUAUCAUUGUAAUUUUAAAUCUUUUUUUAUCCCAACAGUUUAUUUUAUUAGGCUCAUUUAAAAAUUCAGCUGUAACAGAGCCGAAUUCAUUUUUGUACAAUUUUAAUCUUAAGAUAACUUUUGUUGUAUAUGUAUUACACAAUUGCAAUUUUAAAUCUUCCUGCUGAACAUUUUUUUCAUAUUUGGGUAGUCGACACUACUGUCAGUGGUCUUAAUGUCAAUUUCGAGCACGAUCUGUCAUUUAAUUUGUUUACAGCAGGCCCCGGCCAAGAGGAUAUGAUCCGCGAGUCAAGAUGUGUCGCAAAUUUAGCUGUCAUUGCCAAACUAUCAAAUUUCUCGGUGAGCUCAAGGCAGAUCUACGUAACCAGGUGCGCCCAUUCGCUAAUCAUAUUUAACUCGAAACAAUCGUCAAAUUCGCGAAAAUUUAAAGAAGGCAGUUUUGCAAUUCUAAAAUUUGAAUGGUGAUUCUUAAGUUAUCCGAUUACUUGAAAUACGACGCUCUCUUAACCAUUUGGCUAUAUAUUUUACAACACACAACAUUUAUAAUAACUCGCCAUUAUAAUAUAAAACAUCAUCAGACACAAUUCCAGUUCAAUAUUACGUAAUACUGUAUUGCAUAGAAUACAUAUUCGAAUUAGAAAAGCAAAUUUUCAUUCAUUAUUUUUGAAGUAGGAUUACGUCUUUCGGGAACAUAUUAGGGUACAAAUUGAAAAUCGGAAGUCGAGCACAUCAUGAAUAUUGUCCAAUUUCAAACGCUUAUUGCUCAGUCGUUUCAUGAUGGAUUGAUGAUUUUUUUUGCGUCAAUCGAUUUCGGCACUUCAUAACAAUUUUUUAUAUUGAAUAAAAUAAUAUAUGUCAUGAAACUAACUAUCGAACAAUUGAAAAAUCUCAACCCCUAUC